AUGCAACCCGAAACUGCAAACAUCCCAAAACCGAGAUGUAGCUGGCCACGCACACUCACUUCUUCGCCCUUGCUGCCACUGCAGACUGUGGUCCGGCACGUGCUGGAAGGGCUCAACGCUUUCGAGCUCAAAGAGCUCGAGAACUCGGGGUACUACCCAGACACCACGAACGAAUGGCGAGGUCCAGCUGAACUGUCUGCCGUCCAUAUUGCGCAGAUGCGCGAGAUGAUGGGCCAAAGUGGCGGAUCCCUGGAUCCGAUUCAGGCAUUCCGCGCUCAUUGGAACCUGGACGGGACGCAGGAGGUCAGACUACGUCUUCUGUGCCACAAGGACGUGCGCUAUGUGAUGAAGCAUUUCGACGGAACGCGGCCGCUCGAGCAAGUGAUGGAGGAGGCAAAGCCUCGACCGGCAUUGCGAGGGCUCAGCGUCGGGGCUGCACCGAACUUCCAAUCCGGAUCCAAGGUGCUUGGACGCUACUACCGUCUCGAAAUCAUCGACCCUACCACUGACGCAGUCGUCUUCGGUGAUGCAAACUUGUCGUUUGCACUGAAUUUGGCCAGACAUCGGAAAGCUUUGGGCCACGUGGGCCGGGUUUUGGCCACCACCUUCGAGAACCUCGAGACUCUCCGGGAAAGAUACAUGGAGAUUGACGAUACUAUCAAGAUGCUGGAUGACCACCUCGCCGAUGUCUAUCACGAGGUCGACUGCACCCGCAUAGCCCUCGACCCGCGCUUCAAAAACAUGGAGGGGUCCAUCGGGGCCGUGUACUACAACUUCCCUCAUGCCGGUGCUGCCUGGGUGGACCUGCAGCCAGGGCAGGGCCACGUCACCGGAUUCUACGAUAGCCAUCCCAUCGUCAAUUGGCGCCAUGAGAACCUUAUGCGAUUGUUCUUUCGCAACCUGCGCUACUUUGUGAAGCCGGGAGGGCUCGUGAAGAUCGCAUCAAACAUGGGAGCCGUGGGUGUGCGAUACUCGUACAUCCUCGGAUCGGCGGAGCAGAACGAAUUCCAGCAUGUGGAGACACUGCCAUUCCUGGAGUGGUCGCUCCAUCGUUACGGCCGGGCAUACGGCGACCGGCGAGACAAGAAGAAGCGUCCGGGCGAUGGUCAAGGCUACAACGCCCAGAAGGCGGAGUCGGACAUGGUCUACACCUUCGAGUACCGCCCCAGUGGACGGGAACUGCCCAUACAGGAGAUCAAGUUCCCACCAACGUUCCAGACGAUCAUGGGAUGUAAUGAUGGUCCCUUCAAGAACCUCGAUGCCGUCUCCAGCAAGGCUCUGGCGAGGCAGUUGCACGAGCGCUUCAUCAAAGAGGUCUCGGGUAUCCACGUUGGCUGA